AUGGGUGCCAAGGCGAAGAAAGCCGCGGCGACGGAGAACGUGCCCGCGUCCACGAAAGACGCGAGGCUCGUCGACGCCGAGGACGUGUGCGAGGCGCGAUGGAAAGACCUCAGCGACGACGCCGUCAAGGCUGAGGUCGGCGCGUACCGCACCGCGAUUGGCGACCUCGAGGCCGAUCUCGCGAAGCGCGGGGAAAAGGUUGAGCCUUCGACGUUCGCGUUCGAGGAGACCGUCGCGGCGGACGAGGAGGGUGGGGACGGCGCCGCCGCGGACGAUAUCGACCCCGGCGCCGUGGGAUUGGACGGCGAGGGCAAACCGGACGCGCAGGAAGGCGCGGACGACGGCCUCAUCGAGGGCAACGUGGACGACAUCGACCCGAAAGAGUGGAUGGUCCCGCCGCAGUGCAUCCCCGUGCAUGCGAACGUCGUGACGUACGACUGGAGCAAGCUGUACGACCACACGGACUUCGACGUGAUCAUGAUGGAUCCGCCGUGGCAGCUCGCGACCGCGAACCCGACGCGAGGUGUUUCUUUAGGAUACUCCCAGCUGACGGAUUUAUCCAUCGCGGACCUGCCGAUCCCGAAGCUUCAAAAAGACGGAUUUCUGUUCGUCUGGGUCAUCAACGCGAAGUACCAGUGGAUGCUCGAGCAGUUCAAAAAGUGGGGCUACGAUUUCGUGGACGAAGUCGUGUGGGUCAAGGUGACGAACUCGCGAAGAAUGGCGAAGUCUCACGGUUUCUACUUGCAGCACGCCAAGGAGGUGUGCCUCGUCGGCAGACGAGGGAAGGACCCGCCGGGGAUGAGCGACAAGGCGGUCGGCAGCGACAUCAUCUUCGCCCCGAGACGAGGGCAGAGCCAGAAGCCGACGGAGAUUUACGAGCUCAUCGAGGAGCUGGUGCCGAACGGGCGGUAUCUCGAGAUCUUCGCGCGGAAGAACAACUUGAGAGAUUUCUGGGUCUCCGUCGGGAAUGAAGUCACCGGGACGGGGCUCCCCCCCGAGGACGUCAAGGCGUUCGCGGAGGAAGGCGCGGUCCCGGGGGCGAGGUACGGCGCCGGCGCAAACCACGCGAAGUGA